CUGAAAUUUUGUUGCCGUCAUCAGAUAUAAGUGUAGGGAAAAUUGAUAGGAAACGGAAAAAGCGAAGACGGCUGGAAUUGGGAAAUGACUGUCCAUCAUUAAAACCUGAACCAUAUGGACUAACUAAUAUUUCUAUGGUCAAAAUAACUUAUGAAACUCAGGCUAGACCUCAAAGUCCAUUAUUUUCCUCACCAUCUAGAAAAUUAAGCCUUAGUAAAAAGAAGAAAAAAUCUAAAAAAAACUCAGAUGUAUGUAGCGAUAGGUCAAAUUCACCAAUUUUUAACAAAAAGUUAAAAGAAAAAAUAAUGGAUUCAGGUGUCGCAGAAACUAAUGAUUUCCUUCCUAAGAAAUUGACAAGCAAUGAAUUAGAUGACUCCAGAC